CUUUUAUGAUUUUGCGGGAUGUUGAACCUGAUGUAUGACUGAUUUAACGCUCAGAAGUCGGAUAUUACUUGUUCAACCAAGUUUCAGGUUGUCCUCAUGUGAACAUGUCAUCAUUAGUGGCCUACGAGGAUUCAGAGUCUGAAGAUGAUGAUCAUGAUCGAACAGAGGAGGGAUUCACAGCUUCUCUCCAAACUGGAUCUUUUAAACAAAACCAAGAUGUCAAGAUGUGUCAUUCCCCAAAGAUAACACCGUGCCCUCACAGUUUCACACUUGACCCUGACAGUUCAGUGUUGGAAUAUCAUGAAAAUGCCUCGGAAAGAAGCAUUUCUUCCCUACACCCACAUUCACAACCUCAGAGUUGGGAUGGAAAAUAUUGCAGUGACAGGACGGCACCAAAACAACAUUUUAGAGAUACUGCUGCUCCUCUGAGUUUACCUGUGACUCCGAGAAUUAUCUCACCAAUGCAGACUCUUCCUCAUAUGUCACAAAGUUUCAGCGAUGGGUUGAACUCAGCAAAAAGACAUCACACUGUCCAGCCUGGUGUGAGACCGUACAUCCCCAAGAGACAGAGACUGGGCCCCUCGGUGGAGAUAACGGACCCAAAACACCCAGGAGUACAAGCCUCAGGGAAUCAGACCAGGGAAAGCCAAAUUCUUUCAGAAGUGUCGGCCAGAGUAAAGCCGUAUCUCGCCCACAAGGCUGGUGCUGCAGGGGUACCGCGUAGGCUCCUGACGAGGCUGGGGGGCCACCAGGGGCCCGUCAACACAGUGCAGUGGUGUCCUGUGCCUCAGCUCAGCCAUCUGCUGAUGUCUGCCUCCAUGGACAAGACUUUCAAGGUGUGGGACGGCGCGGAAAGCGGGCGAUGCCUGAGGGUCUACACCUGCCAUUCGGGAGCCGUGCGUGAUGCCUGUUGGACCCCCUGCGGACGACGCCUCCUCACCGGAUCCUUUGACAACACGGCUGUGAUCACAGAUGUUGAGACAGGACAGCAGCUGGUGAAAUUGGACAACCAGUUCAAAGUGAUGUGCGCUGUCCUGCAUCCCAGCGACCCCCACGUGUUCCUGUGCGGUGGUUACAGUUCAAUGGUGAAGGCCUGGGACUCCCGCAGCUGCAAGGUGGAGAAAGUGUACAAAGCCGGGGUCCAGCAGACCUUGGACAUCCUGUUUCUGAGAGGUGGUGUGGACUUCAUAUCGAGCUCUGACUGUGUGAGCAGAGACUCGGCCGACCGCACGCUCAUCGCCUGGGACUACCAGACCACCGCCAGGCUCUCCAACCAGAUCUACCAGGAGCGAUUCACGUGCCCGAGCCUGGCUCUCCACCCACUCGAGGAGUCCUUUGUUGCCCAGACUAACGGGGACUACAUGGCGGCGUUCUCCUCCCAGCGGCCCUUCAGAAUGAACAAGAGGCGGCGAUUCGAAGGACACAAGGUGGAGGGAUAUGCAGUGCAGUGUGAGUUUUCUCUGGAUGGAAGUAUCCUGGCCUCAGGAAGCUCCACUGGCUCCGCCCACUUCUACGAUUACCACAACGCUCACAUGCUGCACACUCUCCGCGCCCACAGCCAGCCCUGCCUGUGCGUUGCCCAGCAUCCCGUUCUGCCGGCGACUGCAGCCACCUGCGACUGGGCCGGAGAGAUCAAGGUCUGGCAGUAAAGACUGAGAAUGAACAAGUAAAUAUGGACUAAAGUAGGCCAAGAGAAGACUAACAUCCAUCUCCAUGACUUUAUCUCCUAUAAUCCCUUGGCAUAAAAUGAUAAGAACUUGGAGUCAGCAGAUCUACUGACGCUUUGAAAACGGUGUAUUUGUUGUCUUACGAUGCUCUGAAAACAAUUCAAAACCA